AUAUAUUGGUGUAGAAGGACAACUAGGAGAUAAGACCAUGUAUUUAUUGCCCAUUUAUGUAAUUACAUGUGUCACUAAGGACAAAGGUCCUUAAACAAAGACGAAAAGCAGAGUAGAAACAGUUCCCUAUAGUAAGAUAGAUGGAUUGGCCACCACUUCCCUCUUCGUGAAUUCUCCUUCUGCACAGUUUUACAAUCACGUUUGAACACUUAACCAUCUUUCUGGGCACAAUUCAAUGGCUGAAGCUAUGCUUCACUCCAAUGGAAAGAAAAAGAAGAUAUUUCAAGAGUAUUCAUAGGCUUCGAGUUGAGAGGACAGCACCCACUUCCUGAGGACUGACAAGCCUUGUUCUGAGGAAGCGCCACUGAGACCCCAGCACCAUGGAGGUAGUAGGUGAAAACGAGGCCCUGCAACAGUUCUUCGAAGCUCAAGGGGCCAGUGGCACUCUGGGGAACCCAACUCUGGAUACAAGUCUACUUGAGGAGUUCUUGGGUAAUGACUUCGAUUUGGGGGCCUUGCAACGCCAGCUCCCAGAUACCCCACCCUAUUCUGCAUCAGACUCCUGCUCUCCUCCGGAGGUCAAAGGUGCAUGCUGUCCGACUCAGACACCUACAGCCCCGGGGACACCGGCUGCUUUCCUCCAUGCCACAGCGACACCAGGAAUGCUGCCUGCGCACCUGGCCCACAGCUCCUCUGAAAUGAGCGACUCUGGCCAUACUCAAAGCACCCUUCACAGCUGCUACUCAGACCCCAGUCAUCUCAUGCCCCCCCUGGACCAGUCUGUGCCCUCCCAUCUGGGAAUUAGUUGUUCCUACCAUCAGCAGCCUGGAGCCUCAUUGCCACCAACCAAGAAGAGAAAGUACACACAGGCGCUGGAGGACUCCAGGGACUGUCAAGUGUGGGCCUGCCAUGCCAGACCAAUGACAAGUAGGAGUCACAGCAGUGACGUGCAAGAUCACAACAGUGAGAGACAGAACCCGAUGCUUGCGGACCAGUGCUCUCCUGCUCUGAAGUGGCAGCCAUACCGAAGUGUUCCUUGGCAUAGUUUAUUAAAUGGUCAAUAUGAAAAACUACCUGAUAUAGGCUAUCGAGUUGUCACAGACAAAGGAUUUAAUUUUUCACCAGCAGAUGAAGCUUUUGUUUGCCAGAAGAAGAACCAUUUUCAGAUCACCAUCCAUAUCCAAGUUUGGGGAAGUCCAAAAUUUGUCAAAACCCAAAUGGGUUUAAAGCCAGUAGAAAUGUUUUACUUGAAAGCUUUUGGGGUUAAGGUAGAAGCCACCAAUCAAAUAAUUGCUAUUGAACAGUCUCAAGCAGAUAGAAGCAAAAAGAUUUUCAAUCCUGUUAAAAUCGACCUGCUGGCCGACCAGGUCACCAAAGUCACGCUGGGCCGAUUACACUUCAGUGAAACCACAGCAAAUAACAUGAGAAAGAAGGGAAAGCCAAAUCCUGACCAGAGAUACUUCAUGUUGGUGGUCGGACUGUAUGCUGCUAACCAAGACCAGUUCUACCUGUUGUCUGCCCACAUCUCCGAACGGAUCAUUGUAAGGGCUUCCAACCCUGGGCAAUUUGAAAAUGACAUUGAUGCAUUAUGGCAGCGAGGACAAGUCCCAGAAUCUGUUGUUUGUCAUGGUCGAGUGGGCAUAAACACAGAUGCACCGGACGAAGCCUUGGUUGUCUGUGGCAACAUGAAAGUGAUGGGGACGAUUAUGCAUCCCUCUGACAGCCGGGCAAAGGAGAAUAUCCAGGAGGUUGACACAAAUGAACAGCUGAGAAGAAUAGCCCAAAUGAGGAUUGUUGAAUAUGACUACAAGCCUGAGUUUGCGUCUGCGAUGGGAAUAAACGCUGCCCAUCAAACAGGAAUGAUUGCCCAGGAGGUGCGAGAGAUCUUGCCCAGAGCCGUGAAGGAGGCUGGCGAUGUCACCUGUGAAAAUGGAGAGACGCUGGAGAACUUCCUCAUGGUGGAUAAGGACCAGAUCUUUAUGGAAAAUGUAGGUGCUGUGAAGCAGCUUUGCAAACUCACCAACAACCUUGAAGAAAGAAUAGAAGAGUUGGAAAUAUGGAACAGAAAGCUGGCCAGGCUAAAGCGGCUCAGUAGCUGGAAGUCCUCUGCCAGUGAAGCGAGCUCAAUCAGCAAAUUUAGCAGAGCUCUUAGUGCAUCUUCUUCAAGACGGACCAUUCCCAAAAAAGCCAACAAGGUUUAUUUUUCAGGGAAAAAACAGUCAUGUCCUAACUGGGUUUUCCAGACCUUGGUUACCACUCUCAUUGCUGUGAUGGCAUUUUGCGCCUUGACCAUAGUCUCUCUCUACAUACUUAGCUUAAAAGAUCAAGACCGAUGCACCCCAAUUCUCCCUUUGAGCAACCUCACAAGCUCUCAGGAGCCGGCUCUGCCACCCACAGCCUCCCCGUCGGCACCUAAGACAUCCUUGGCAACCACACAACCAUCCUUCCAAAGACCAGAAAUCACUUUCUGUGAGAUCCUGUUGUGUCAGGAGACUUACUGCUGCUCGAUCUGGGGAGCCGGAAGACGCCCCCUCCUAAGUCCUGUGCAGAGACAGCCCCAGGAAAAGGAGCCCCAUCAGAGGCCACAGGCAGGAGAUAGCACAUCAUUCUCAGCCAGAGAGAAGUUAACCAGCCUUGACUGGGGGAGUGACUGGAUUGAUACAACCAUCAGUUCUAUUCAAAUUAUGGAAACCCAGCAAAUAAUAGAUCAUCAGUAUUGCAGCAGAAGCCUCAAGUGCGGGUCUGGAAAUUACAAUUACCAUAUUCCUGUUAAUAAGCACACACCCACCAAUGUCAAAUUCUCUCUGGAAAUCAACACAACUGAGCCAUUGAUAGUCUUCCAGUGCAAGUUCACCCUUGGCAAUAUGUGUUUCUAUAAUAAAAGGGACGACAAAGGGAUGCAAGGCUACCAAGAGGUCUCCCAGGAGAUGACACAGGGCUAUCAGCACAUUUGGAGCCUCCCUGUAGCCCGGUUCUUUGAUAGUGCCUUCCACUUCCGGGUAGCUGCUCCGGAUUUAGCUGACUGUUCAACGGAUCCUUACUUCGCUGGGAUCUUCUUUACAGACUACUUCUUUUACUUCUAUCGACACUGUGUCUAAUUUAUUCAAGUCUGUUUGGGGACCUUACCAAAGAAAAAUAUUCACAUACAGUUAAUGGAAACUUAAAGCCUCUUGUUGAAACAUUCAUUUGCCAAAGGACUUUUUCCAGGCUUUGGCUUCCAACAGUUUUGAGACAGUCAUGAGGAGAAUAAAAUGUUUGCUGGAAUUUGA